CCCUCCCUCGCAGCGAGUUCCGGCUCCCGCCGCGGCGCAGCGGCCGCGCAUGCGCAGAGGCGCUCGGAGCGGCCAGGCCGGAGCGGGCGGAGGGAGCGCGAGCGCCCGGGGGACGCCCCAAGAUGACGCAAUUCCUGCCCCCCAACCUGUUGGCGCUCUUCGCCCCCCGCGACCCCAUCCCCUACCUGCCCCCCCUGGAGAAGCUGCCCCACGAGAAACACCACAACCAGCCCUACAGCGGCAUCGCUCCCUACAUCCGCGAGUUCGAGGACCCCCGUGAUGCCCCCCCGCCGACCCGUGCUGAGACACGGGAGGAGCGCAUGGAGCGGAAGCGGCGGGAGAAGAUUGAGCGAAGGCAGCAAGAGGUUGAGAGUGAGCUCAAGAUGUGGGACCCCCACAACGACCCCAACGCCCAAGGAGACGCCUUCAAAACCCUCUUCGUGGCCAGAGUGAACUACGACACGACGGAGUCGAAGCUGCGUCGCGAAUUCGAGGUCUACGGCCCCAUCAAGCGGAUCUACAUGGUGUACAACAAGCGCUCCGGGAAACCCCGCGGCUACGCCUUCAUCGAGUACGAGCACGAGCGGGAUAUGCACUCCGCCUACAAACACGCCGACGGGAAGAAGAUCGACGGCCGCCGGGUGUUGGUGGACGUGGAGCGGGGGCGGACGGUGAAAGGUUGGCGCCCCCGACGCUUGGGGGGCGGUUUGGGGGGCACCCGCCGAGGCGGCGCCGACGUCAACAUCCGACACUCGGGGAGGGACGACACCUCCCGCUACGACGAGCGCGACCGGGAGCGGGAGCGGGAGCGGGAACGCCGGGAGCGCUCCCGGGAACGGGAACGGCGCCGCUCGCGCUCGCGGGACCGUCGGCGUCGGACGCGGAGCCGGGAAAAAGAAGAGCGGGAAAGGAAAAGGGGAGGAAGCCGGGAUCGGAGCAAAGAACGGGAUCGGAAGCGCCGCAGCCGAUCCCGCGACCGUAAACGGGAUCGGGAUCGGGAUCGGGAGAAGAAGGACGAAGGUCCCGAAUCUCUGGAACCCCCGGAGGAAUUGGGGGGGGCGAAUGAUUCCGGCCCCCCGGAUGGUUUAGGAUCCAAAGGGGAAGCGGAGGAUAAAGGUCGGGAAAGGGACCGGGAACGUCGUCGCGGGCAUCGGGAACGGGAUCGACGUCGGGAUCGGGAUCGGGAACGGGAACGGCCGGAACGGGAACAUAAACGGGAAAGGGAACGAGGGGAAAGGCGGGAUGAGAGACCCCCAGGAUCGGGCCCCGAGGGGGGGGAUUCCCUAGGGGAAUCCGGCUCCGAGCUCUUCCUCCAGCCCGAGGCCCUGCCGGCCCCCGAUGGCUACCUGGGGGCUGAGAAUGGCUACCUGCUGGACCCCCCCCUGGAGUGAAGGGGAGGGGCGGGGGGCUGCACCCCAAAUUCCUUCCCCCCCCCCCUUUCCAAGCUGCUCCCCCCCCCCCCUUUUUUUUUUUUCCUCGCAAUAAAAGUGUUUUAAACGGAA